GUGGGCGCGGUGGCGGUGGAGCCUGGGAGCGAGAUAAGAGAAAAUGAGACAGAAGGAAGUGUUAGCCAAGACCUUCCAAGGCCCAGCUGUUGUCUGUAGGACUCCCAACAGCCACGUUUACAUGUUCAAGAAUGGCAGUGGGGACUCUGGGGACUCCUCUGAGGAAGAGUCACACCAGGUGGUGUUAAGACCCCGGGGAAAGGAACGCCAGAAGAACAGCAGCCAACCGCCAGGAGCAAGCAACGUGGUGCUGCUGCAGCGUGAGCUGGCCCAGGAAGACAGCCUCAACAAGCUGGCUCUCCAGUAUGGCUGCAAAGUUGCAGAUAUCAAGAAAGCGAACAACUUCAUCAGAGAACAAGAUCUGUAUGCUUUGAAGUCAAUCAAGAUUCCAGUGAGAAAUCAUGGGAUCCUCACAGAGACCCACCAAGAACUAAUGCCUCUUGGGGCCCCAUCCUCCAAGACCAGGGUGACCCUGGUAGAAAUGCCUGAAGAUGAAGAUGUCACUGGGGCAGCUGCUCAGGGCAACCAGCUAACAGACUUCUUCAAGGACAUUGAUGAGAACAUUGAGCGGGCUGUGCAGUCUGACGUCUUCCACAGUGACAGCUGCUGUGUGGAGGCCCCAGAUCAGCCGUUGCUCCCCAUGACCCAGAAGCCAGCAGCCGACGGUGCAGACUGUGGUAUUCAGUGGUGGAAUGCUGUCUUCCUUAUGCUUCUCAUUGGGAUUGUGUUGCCAGUGUUCUAUCUUGUCUACUUCAAAAUACAAGCCACCGGGGAGGCCUCAAGUAGCUUGAAUGCAACUGCUGUCCCCAAUGGCUCAAUGAUACUGAGCCCAGUUCCAGGGCAAGCCCCCCGGUUAGCAAUUCCAGUGCCUACCCUCCCUUCUUCAGACAACCAGGUCAGCCCUACCACCUAAGCAGGGGCCUAAGCUCUUUCUUUUCUAGAGUUGGCAGGCUUUGGCAAUUAGCCCUUGAUGUGUUUAACUGUCACCAGCUGUUUGCAGAGAGGGUUACAUUUUGCUUCCUGAAUGUGUGGACACCAUGGCAAUCUGAAUUGUAUAGACUGAGGAGGAAUGGCUUGGUCUAACUCAGGGAUGCAGGAGCCCAGACAUCCACCAGCCCAUCAAGAGAGACAUUUACAUGAAACUCUGGCCCUUUCUUGAAGACAUGUAGGGGCCAGCUCUGAGUGCUUGUACAGCCAUUCUGUGCAGGCUCCUAAGUAGACUGUGACAAGGGGUCUGUGGUAUUCCCCCCCUCCCACCAUGUUGGAUGGGGUCAAAUGACUGUCACAGUGUCCCUGCCUGCUAAGGGGAAAUGUGAGCUGAGAGACAUGUCCUAUGUCUAGAUUAAGGUGCUAUAUAGUAUGUCACUGAGUUUGUCACAGUUGACAACAUGACAUGUUUGCCUCUUCACUUGGCCCCACUGAGGCAGUACUGCUUCAGAAGUGAGAGCCCCAAAUCCAAACCAGCAUCCUUUGAUUUAAGCUACACCUCCCAGAGCCACACUAGGAGCAUCUCUGUGGUGGUGGCUCCCUGGAUUCUCCCAGUUGGUAUCUGGGCAGCAGCUGUUACUGGCAAGUCGUUUGAAGGGACUGCAUCCACCAUUAAGGUUCUAACACAUGGACCUUUGAAGCAAACUGGUUGCCAGCCCAGCGUUGUCAAGAACAGUGGGCCCCACCCAACCCCUACCAUGUGCAACCGAAGCAGAGUUCUUCCCUCUGCCUCCUUGACUCAUCUGUUCUUUGGGUCCUUAGAGUAAACUUGCACAUGCUGUGUCUCAGUGUUAAAACCAGACACAGUGUCAGUCAGCUUUCUGUAACUGUAACAAAAUAAUCUCCAGUGGGAAAGGUUUAUCUUGGCUCAUGGUUUCAAUCCAUGGCCUGAUUUGAGAAGUGGGGCUAUGGUAAGAACAUCAUGGAGGAGAGUGUGUGGUAGAACAGAUUGUUCACAUGGCAGGGAAGAGAGAAGGGGAGACAAGGAGCUUGGGCACAGGUAUCACUUUCAGAGUUCUGCCUGCAGUGACCUAACUUCCUCCCACUAGGCCCCAUUUCUUAAAGGUUCCAUUCUUCCCAACACUGAGAUGAGGUCCAAGCCUUUAUGAUAUUUGCCUUUGGGGGACAUAUCCAAACACUACCAAGGUAACUCUGGCUGUGAAAGGCUGUAAAGAGAGCAUCACCAGAUGUAGGAGAGUGCAGGAGGUCUCCUCAGCCACUCCCUGAAGGCAAUUAGCCGUCCAUGUCUGUACAGGGUGUGGGAGGAAGGGAUAAGUCAGCUUGCCUUGUCAUGGCAGGCAGAGACUAGAGGCAGACAGGCUAGCAGGCUUCUAGAUGGUUAGCAACUUGAUACUUAGGCCUAGAAACCUGACCAGAGGAGCAGGAUAGUACCUUAGCUGGGCCUUCUGUCUGAAACACAAUCCACCCAGGGUGCAAAUAGCAAGUUUAAAUCGUCUUCAGAAUUAAGUAUUUGAGGCCAAAAAUGAACCCAUGAAUCUUGGUACAAUAAACAUCUUGAUUAUGUAAGUGAUUUCUAUUUGGAUGCUCAAGACCAUUUCAGCUGUGAAGUUUCUCCUAAAUGUUGCCAUCAUUAACUUCAUCAGGCAGGGCUCAGAGUCCCAUGGGAAAAUAAUUUUUUGGCAGACAGAGAAUGUCUAUAUCUUUUCCUGUAUUCUGUCUAAAUUGUUGGGGACUCAUUGCUACCACCUGUAUACAGCCCUGUGUGGGGUCCUAAGUAGAACGUGACAAGGGCUCUGCAGGGUCAGGGCUCUUGGAGUUGGCUGGGGUCAAAUGACAGUGUCCCUGCCUGCUGAGGGCAGGGAUGGGCUUGGCUCAGAGAUGUGUGUUCUGUGUCUAGGCAGACCACGGUGCUACACAAUAGUAUCAGUAUGUCACUGAGUUUUAGACAUGUUACAGUUUUAACUUGUAUUUCUGUAUUUUUCUCAAGUGGAAUAAAAUAAUUUCUUCUGUGAAGGAAA